AUGUCAGUGUCUGAGCGUAAGGAUGUUGUCACUAAAUUUAAAUUAUGUUUCAACUGCUUGAAUUUUGGACAUCAAGUUGAAUCUUGCUAUUAUCCUGGAUGUCCACGUUGUAAAAAAAAACAUAAUUCAAGACUACAUGUUGACUCGAGCCAUAUGUCAGAACCCAAGAGCUCUACGCAAACUGAGACACAGACAACCAGUCAAGAUAAUGCAGUAUGCCAUGCAAUGACCAGCAACAAGCAUGCGCCAAGUACCACGUCCACUGUGAUGCUUGCUACUGCUGUAAUAAAUGUUCAUGACGCUGAUGGACGACCUCAACGUUGUAGAGCCAUUUUGGAUUCUGGAUCUCAACUCAACUUCAUAAUGUCAUCUUGUGCUCAACGCCUGCGUUUAAAGAAGACUAAUGUUUCAUUGUCAAUAUCUGGUGUUGGUACUAUGUCUUCUUCCACUGUGCGUUUAAUGCCAUGCACUGUAUCAUCGCAUUGUCAAAACUAUCAAUCCUCGAUUGAAUUUCAUUCAUUGCCAACGAUAACAGAAAGACUUCCGCAUCAAAUGUUCAGCAUGGAUCAAUUGAACAUACCUGAUGAUGUUAAGGGCAAUCUAGCUGAUCCUCAACUCAACGUACCAGCUGCUGUUGACAUAUUAUUUGGUGCCGAACUAUUUUAUGACAUUUUCCUGGGUGCACGUAAACAGCUGUCCAAGCAUAUUAGUGUACACAAUACAAAACUUGGUUGGAUACUUGUUGGAAAAUUAUUUGAGAAGUCAUUAGUUAAGUCAAAAAUAACCAUGCUAUCCACCCCAGUAUCUACCAAUUCUGCGUUAAGUCUAUUUACCUCAACUACAAAUGCUCAAUUCAUCGAAGAAGCUCAAGCGGAGAAGCACUUUUCAUCAACUGUUAAGCGUGAUGAAAGUGGGAGAUUUGUUGUAAAGCUUCCAGUUAAUGACAAGAUCACAUUUCUGGGUGAUUCUCGUCCAAUGGCAGAGAGGCGGUUUUACAAUUUAGAAAGGAGACUUAGUAAAGAUGAAAAAUUGGCAGAACAAUAUAAUAUGUUUAUUUCUGAAUACUUGGCGUUGAACCACAUGGAGCUGGCAAAUCCUACAUGCACUGGACCAAAAUAUUAUUUACCUCACCAUCCAGUAUUUAAGGCCAAUAGCACAACCACAAAGCUCCGUGUAGUUUUUGAUGGUUCUGCCAACACCAAGUCCGGAAUAGCACUCAAUGAUGUUCUGUUGAAAGGACCAAAAGUACAGUCAGAUAUAUUUCAUAUCCUUCUUCGAUUUCGCAUUCACCAAGUAGUGAUCACAGCGGACGUCGAGAAAAUGUACCGACAAGUUUUAGUUGCACCUGAGGAUAGAGACCUCCAACGAAUUCUUUAUCGAAAAAGUCCUACUGAUCAACUACAAGAAUACAGGCUGUGCACUGUAACAUAUGGAACAAAGUCAGCCUCGUAUUUGGCCACUCGUUGUUUAUCUGAGAUUGGAAAAUGCACAGACAAUCCUAAAUUAAAUCGAGUAAUCACUCAGGAUUUUUAUGUUGAUGACCUCCUGAGUGGUGGGGCAUCUGAAGAUGAAUGCUAUCAAAUUUACAGUUCACUAUUAAAACAUUUUAGUCCAGCUGGUUUUCCACUUCGCAAAUGGUGUUCCAACUCAGUCAAUCUUAUUAACCAAAUACCAUCAGCAUGUAAUGACCCAACGUUUGUAUUAAAACUCAGUGAGAAUGACACGGUUACAGCCUUAGGACUCACGUGGCAACCUAUCACUGAUCAAUUUCGUUUUACGUUCAAGCAUUGGUCACCGCCGUUAAACAUGACCAAGCGUACACUAUUAUCAGACAUCAACUCAGUUUAUGAUCCUAUUGGACUCAUAUCCCCGGUUCUCAUUCUUGGAAAAAUUUUCAUUCAACAAUUAUGGGGAAUGAAGAUGAGCUGGGACGACAUUAUCCCAUCUGAAUUGCAAGCUCGAUGGAUAAAAUUCUACAACUCUCUUCAGUCCUUGCAUGAAUUGGCUAUACCACGUAAGGUUAUCAACACUGCAGAUUCAAAGGUUACCAUUCAUGGCUUUUGCGAUGCAUCGCAAGAGGCAUUUGGUGCAUGCAUUUACUUACGUUCUGCCAGUCCAAAUGGUCAAGUGCAAGUACAUCUCCUGGCAUCCAAAUCUCGUGUUGCCCCAAUGAAAGCUACAACCAUCCCUAGACUCGAACUAUGUGGUGCAGUAUUGCUGUCUGAACUGUUGUUAGAGGUAAAAAAUGAACUCAGUUGUUUAGGCAUGCAAUUCAGUGUAAACGAAAUUUUACUAUGGACUGAUUCAUCAAUUGUUUUGGCUUGGCUAAAAAAUGAAGUCCCUUUGCUAUCAUACGUAGCAAACAGAGUUGCUCGAAUAUUAGACAUUACAGUAAAUGCUCAAUGGCGCCAUGUUAUUUCUAAGGAAAAUCCUGCCGAUCAAAUAACAAGAGGUAUACAUCCUGCUGCGCUGCCUUCAUUGUCAAUUUGGUGGAACGGACCAUCCUGGUUACUUUUGAAAAGUGAUUCAUGGCCAGGCAUCCCAGAGCUACCAUCAGAAAUCCCUGAAGUUCGUCCAGUAAAGUUGGUGCUGGCUACAACUCAUUCGUCCGAUUCCUGGCUGCUAAACAAAUAUUCAAGUUACAUGCAACUUAUACGUAUAACUGCCUUAGUCCAACGAUUCGUACACAAUUGUACAAUACAGAGAAAACUCAUAGAUCAACGUACGACAGGUGCAUUGACUGUACAAGACCUCAAAGCUUCCAGGGAAUUUUGGAUUCGCAAGAUUCAGGCUGAAGCUUAUCCCUCGGAACUAAAGGCUUUAAAUUCAAAUUUACCCAUUCAUCGGUCAAGCUGCCUGUUAAAGCUAAAUCCAUUUGUUGACGGUACUGGUAUUUUGCGUGUUGGAGGUCGCUUAGCGUAUGCACCAAUACAUGACAAUACAAAGUUUCCAGUUGUAUUGCCACCCUCAUCAACUUUCACAAGAUUAUUUUUCAAAUAUGAGCACCUGAGGCUACUGCAUGUUGGUCCACAAGCAUUACUCUCACACAUACAAGUAAAUUACUGGCCCAUCCGUGGACGAAGUCUUGCCAGUCGAACCGUGCAUCAAUGCAUUCAAUGUUUCCGAACCAAUCCAAAAUUAAUAACACCUUUCAUGGCUCCGCUACCUCGGCAACGUACCACUAUUGAAAGGCCGUUUUCUCAAUGUGGAGUAGAUUUCUGCGGGCCAAUAAUGAUUCGAAGUGGUAUCCGUCGUGUAAAGACUGAAAAGGCAUAUAUAUCUGUAUUUGUGUGCUUAGUCACACGCGCUAUUCAUUUGGAAUUAGUCUCAUCUUUAACUGCCGAUGCGUUUCUAGCCACACUAACUAGAUUCAUGUCUCGCCGAGGACAAUGCAGUAACCUUUUCAGCGACAAUGGCACAAAUUUUGUUGGUGCGAAUCGCAAACUCAUGUCACAGUUUGAGGAAAUUUCCAAGACUCAUACAACAUUUUCAUAUCUUUCUGAAAAAUCUAUGCAAUGGCACUUCAUUCCACCCUCAGCACCUCACUUUGGAGGUCUGUGGGAAGCUGCGGUUAAGUCUUCCAAACAACUCCUGACAAAAAUAUCAUCAAAUGCAACAUUUACAUUUGAAGAAGCUACAACGUUGCUGUGUGGAAUAGAAGGAGUUUUAAAUUCUAGACCCAUGACUCCGUUAUCCAAUGACCCAUCAGACUAUCAAGCUCUAACACCUGCUCAUUUUCUCAUUGGUGGGGUUAUCACAUUGCCACCUGAAGCAGAUUCAUCCACCACCCCGAUGUCUAGACUUAAACGUUUUGCAUUGGUACAGUCUUGCAUUCAACAGUUUUGGAAGAGAUGGUCCCGGGAGUACCUUCCUCAAUUGCAACGCCGAGGUCGCUGGAUAAAAGCAACUCGAAACAUAAGAGUGGGUGACCUAUGUCUUCUCCGACAAGAAAAUCUUCCUCCUACCAGAUGGGCUCUGGUCAGGGUUCAAGAUGUUCAUCCUGGUCCUGAUGGCACUGUUCGAGUGGUCACUUUACGCAAUUCCUCUGGCAACAUUUUCAAACGCCCAGUGGUGAAACUUUCCUUGCUACCAAGUGAAGAAGAUGAGAGAGAAGAACAACCUUAG